GCCUAAAUUGACUAAUUCAACCUGACAUUCACCAACACCAACACCAACACCAAUACCACCACCAAAGCUACUAUGCUACUGAAUCAGCCCAAAUCACUUCCUUUCCUAAAUUCUAAUUUCAGGGUUAGAAUCUUGCUACAAUGGGCAUCAUUUUCCAACCUAAAAGUCCAUUGGCGCAAAGAUGAGAAGCUUGACACAGCCAUUCAAGCCGACAAAAAAUGGCGACUCUGCGCCAGAGUUGUAAAAGAAGUCCUCAACGAACCAGGUCAAUUCAUGCCACUGCAAUACUUAGAGAAUCGAAGAACCAGACUCAAACUCAAUGUCAAAGCCAAAACCUUCCUUCACCAAAAUCCACUUCUUUUCGACACCUACUAUGAUCGAAUCAAACCCAAAUCACAACUUCUGCCAUUUAUCCGCCCAAGUAAUUCGCUUCGACGAUUAUUGCAACAUGAGGAGUUUAUUAAUACCAAGAAUGAACCAUUAAUCGUUGCUAAACUGUGUAAGAUGUUGAUGAUGGCAGAAAAUAGAGCCAUUAAUGUGGAGAAGUUAGUUCAUGUGAAGCGAGAAUUCGGGUUUCCUAAUGAUUUUUUGAGCAAGAUUGUGCCUAGAUACCCACAGUAUUUUAGGCUAGUUGGUGGGUCGCAGGAGAAACCAUUCUUGGAGUUAGUUGGUUGGGAGACCGAAUUCGCGAGGUCGGUGAUAAUGCAAAGGGCAGAGGAUGAAGAGAAAUUAACAGGGAUUAAGGUGAGGCCUUCGUUUAAUUGGAGAUUACCACCUGGAUUUUAUAUCAAGAAAGAGAUGAGAGAGUGGGUGCGAGAUUGGAUAGAGAUGCCUUAUGUUAAUCCUUAUGAUGAUACUUCGAAUUUGGAACCAGGUUCCAGGGAAAUGGAGAAGAGAAUGGUGGGAGUGCUUCAUGAAUUGUUGUCAUUAUCGUUGUUUAAGCGAAUGCCUGUUCCGAUUUUAGGGAAGUUCAGUGAGGAUUAUAGGCUGUCGAAUGCAUUUUCGAGUGCAUUCACUAGGCAUUCGGGUAUAUUCUAUGUAUCUCUGAAAGGAGGGAUUGAGACUGCAGUGCUGAGGGAGGCGUAUGAGGAUGGUGUGUUGAUUGAUCGUGAUCCGUUGCUUGAGAUUAAGGAUAAGUUUGUUGAGUUAGUGGAGGAGGGAUGGAAAGUGAGGAUGGAGGAACUUAGGUUGAGGAGGGAAGCUGUUGGGAAGGAUAUGGAGUUAAUGUCACCUGCUAGUUCGGAGUUGCAGUUUCAAGAGAGUGAAUAACAGCUUUGAAUGUGGGCUGAGAAUUUGCUGAAUCAUUCAUUGAGCACACUACGGGAAACAACUUUGACUUAAGGACAAGGUAGGAGGGAAGUUGUCAUUACAACAGCUGCUAUGGGCAAAGUGGUCAUAAUCUAGCAAAAUGUUGCUCACACAAAAGAAAUGCCAUAUUUUACAACCAUUUGGAACCUAAUCU